AUGAGCUCUCCACAUCAUCCUUCGAAGACCAUCGACACCACUACGACCGGUCGUGAGAUUCAGAACGAAGAUCUAGACGACAAAGUCGUAUUAUCACAGCCACCUCAUGUCAGUACCACACCCUCUUCAUCAUCAAGAAUUUGUAGUCGAUACACUCAGUUGAGAAAACAAUUACGGUCAUGUUCAAACUUUAAAGAGAAUUACUUUGUGAUGGAAAUGAAAGUGACCUCUUCCAUUGCAUCUCAAAAAGGAGCGUCUAGAAGAAACAAGUGUUCAUCCUCUACCACAAAAAAGAGAAACAAGGAUCAACAAGAAGAGCAACAACAAGAAGGUCAUGAACUGUCAGAUCAUAAUGAUCUCGAGAAACAACAUUCACAACCCAUGAUGAAAAAGAAGAAGCAAGAGGAUAAUAUGAGUUUGGACACACAUGCUCCAGCUCAGGAAAUACAACAACAACCAUGUGCAUCAUUAUUGGCAUCCACUGUCACCACUAUGGAAAUGAAUCAUUCACAAAUCAACUCUUCAUUCACCCACUAUUCACUGGUACAAGAAGGUUUGAGUCAACAAAUGUAUGAUCCAUCCAUGAUGUUAAGGUAUUGGCAACUUCAAAUGUUAAAUGACAUUAUUGAAGCAAUCAAAACACUCCACAAGAAUGAUCACGUCAGCAAUCAUCAUGAUGAACCAAAUGUUUUGUACAACCAGAAGGUGGUUGUAUGA